AUGAAUGAUUUCAACAUACUCGAUUUGCCUGAUGAAAUUUUAUUGAUGAUUUUUAAUAAACUCAACACCAUUGAUGUCUUUCGUUCAGUACAAUACGUCAAUCGAAGAUUUUAUGAAUUGUCACUCGAUGGUUGUCAAGUUCAAGAUAUGCAAAUGACUACUAUGAUGGGCGUCGAUACACAUUAUAAACAAAUUUCUCCAAUCGAUACCAAUCUUCCAAGAAUUUGUGGGAAUAUUUUACCUAAAAUUCAUGAUAAAGUACAGAAACUUACAGUUGAUCAAAGUUCAAUGAUUCCUGUUCUUCAUGCUGCUGAUUAUCCACAACUUUAUUCAUUGACAAUUAUCGAUAUUGAAGAAGAAUUUCUUCAUGAUUGUUUAUCAAGUAUAGUAUUUCUUUUCUAUUAUUAA